AUGAAGUUCGCCCAGCUGGUUGUGGGCCCGGCGGGGAGCGGCAAAUCUACCUACUGCGAGAACAUCAAACAGCACUGCGAUGCCAUCAGCAGACCCGUCCACGUAGUCAACUUGGACCCGGCUGCCGAGGAGUUCAAGUAUCCGGUGUCCAUUGAUGUGAGGGAUCUGGUGACGCUGGAUGAUGUGAUGCAGGAAAUGCAGUUGGGGCCUAACGGGGGGCUGCUGUACUGCAUGGAGUACCUCGAGGAGAACUUGGAGGAGUGGCUGGGGGCCGAGCUGGAGGCCUAUGGCGAUGACGACUACCUGCUGUUCGACUGCCCAGGCCAGAUCGAACUCUACUCCCACGUCUCCGUCUUCCGCACAUUUGUAGAGUAUCUGAAGCGGGAGGGCUGGCAGAUCUGCGUGGUCUACUGCCUGGACUCGCAGUUCAUCGCCGAGAUGCCCAAGUUUGUGGCAGGCUGCCUGUCGGCGCUGUCGGCCAUGGUGCAGCUGGAGCUGCCGCAUGUCAACGUGCUCACAAAGGUGGACCUGUGCAAGAACAAGACGGGCCCACACUUCCGGCGGCUCAACGACUCUGUGGUGCAGCUGUUGGAUGACUUCUCAAUGGUCACCUUCACGCCGCUGGACAUCAGCGAGGAGGAGAGCAUUGAGGACUUGCUGCUGCAGAUAGACAUGGCCAUCCAGUAUGGCGAGGACCAGGAGGUGAAGACGCAGGAGCAUGGGGACAUGGCGGAUCCAGACAGCGACGAGGGCCCAGACUACUAG